AUGGGUAAUGAAGAGCAAGAAAUCUUCAAAAAGAGAAAGGUGAACGGUCAAGAUUAUCAAAUCUCAAGAGAUGUCGAGGGACACAAGAAUGACUUCUUAGCACUUUCGUUGUCUAGUUAUUUUCCUAGUGCUAAGCCAAGCCAACUUUCAACCGGAAAUCACCACUCUCCGUCUGCAUCCCCGCCUCCUCCGUCCUCGCAUUCGUUCAAUCACCACCCAAUUGAUGGAGUCUCGCAGUCGCAUUUUCCUCCAUCCAUCGGACUACAUGUGGCUUCUAGUGUAGGGAACACGAAUCGUCAAGCUGCUGCCGCUAGUCGAGGCCCCUCCGGCCGAGUCCGUCGCAACCCGUCGCAGUCCCCCCGUGGAGGGAAGAGCGCCAUCGUGCCAGCCCCAUUUCCUUGGGCUACAACCCAACGCGCCACAGUUUACAGCCUCGGCGACCUACUAUCUAGACAAAUCUUCACCAUCUCCGGCGACGUCCAGUGCAAGAAAUGCGAAAAGAAAUACCAAAUGGAGUUUGAUUUAAAGCAAAAAUUCCUCGAAGUUUGGACAUUUAUUGCAGAAAACAAAGGCAGCAUGCACGAUAGGGCACCGGCGGUUUGGAUAAACCCUAAUUUGCCAGGGUGCAGUUCAUGUAAGCAAGAAAACUGCGUGAAACCCCUAAUUUCUAAUAAGAAAAAAUCCAUCAACUGGCUGUUUUUGCUUCUGGGACAAAUGCUGGGGUGUUGUACUCUCGAACAGCUAAAGUAUUUUUGUAAGCAUACAAGGAAUCAUCGUACUGGUGCUAAGGAUCGUGUUCUUUAUCUUACUUACCUUGGUUUGUGCAAACAGCUCGAUCCCAACGGACCUUUUGACCGUUGA